AUGCGAUUCAGACAACAUCCAAUAGCCGUCGCCGCAGAUAUAGAAGAAAUGUUUCUACGAAUAGAAAUCAACGAAGAAGAUAGAGAUGUCCUGCGGUUCCUGUGGCGACAACACCGGCGGGAGGGACCACCCCGCGAAUAUAGAAUGAAGGCAGUGAUCUUCGGCGCCGCCUGCUCACCGUGCAUCGCUUUGUACAUCAAGAACCACAACGCAGAACAACACAAGGAACAAUAUCCAAGAGCAGCCGACGCAAUUAUCCAUAACCACUAUAUGGAUGAUUACCUUCAAAGUUUCCAAACGGAGGAAGAAGCUAUGAAAAUCACCCAUGAAGUUGACACCGUACAUAGGAAAGCAAAAUUCCAUUUAAGGAAGUGGACAUCGAACAGCCCACAACUACAAGAAAAAUACAACAGCACAAGAAUAGAAGAUAGGACCGUCUCCAUAGAUAGAGCCGACAAAGAAGAGAAAAUAUUAGGCCUCACAUGGAGGCCCGCCACGGACACAUUGGGCUUCAACUUAAAUAUGGCCCGAAUUCCGCAAGAGAUAGUCAACGGAAGUCGCACACCGACGAAGAGAGAAGCCCUCCGGACGGUCAUGUCUCUCUUCGACCCACUAGGAUUAGCAUCACCCGUCACCGUGCAAGCGAAAGGCAUUUUACAAGAAACAUGGCGAAUCGGCAUCGGUUGGGACGAGAAAUUGCCUGAGAAGUUAGCCGAAGACUGGACGAAGUGGACACAGCACUUAGUCAAUUUACGCCAUAUCAACGUGCCACGAUGUCAUCCGGAGCUGAGCAGCGCGUCAUCCAGGGAACUGCACACAUUCGUAGACGCAAGCGAGAACGCCUACGCCGCCGCCGUGUAUUGGAGAGUGCAAGACAAGGACGGCAACAUUCACGUGACACUCGCCAUAGCCAAGGCGCGAGUUUCACCUCUGAAGAUAGUAUCUAUACCAAGACUCGAGUUGCAAGCCGCUGUCCUGGGUUGCCGGUUAGCACGUACGGCUACAGAAGAAUACCAGAUUAAACCGGACCGUCGAUACUUCUGGAGCGAUUCAAGAACAGUAUUAGCGUGGUUAAGGGCUGGUCCACGCACAUUCAAACCAUUCGUGGCGCAUAGAGUCGCGGAAAUAGAAGAAGAAACGAAAGCGAACGAAUGGAAAUGGGUACCUACGCGUCACAACGUGGCCGAUGACGCAACUCGAGGAGUGCCCACGGAUUUCGACACGGAACAUCGAUGGUUCACCGGACCCCAGUUCCUAUACAAGCCGCAGGAAAAAUGGCCCGGGCAAGAUGAGUCUGGUGGUAUAACAACAGACACCGGAGAAGAACGCACGCACAUGGUAUACACAGGCGAUAGCAACACAACAGACAGCGGCGUACUCCCGGACAUCACACGCUUCACGUCAUGGCUGCGACUACUACGAGCCACAGCACGCGUGUUGCAGUUCAUCGACCGGUUACGCGAAGCGGUCGAAAAUAGAAAAAACACCGCCUCACAAAACGCUGUACAUUAUAGGCGCACAGCGCGCAAUAUAGAGAAGGACCCGGCGUGGAAUAAGAAGACAGCUCGCAAAAUAGUACGGACAGCGCCGAGGUUCGACAAUAGUGAAGAAAGAAAUUUCAUCAAAUUAACUGCGGAAUAUAUACAGCGCGCGGAACAAUUGUGGAUACGGGCCGCGCAACAAGAAUCGUUCAAGAACGAAAUAGAAACACUCCGCGGUAAAGGGACAGUCGAUAACAAUAGCCGACUGAAACCACUAGCGGUGAUCGAAGAAGACGGUUAUAUCAAGUUGAAAUCAAGAAUAGCAGCAGUCGUCGAUGUUACAGACAGCAUGAAGAAACCGAUAGUCCUGGAUGGGAAUCAUCGAUAUACCCAGUUGUACCUGGACUGGGUGCAUAGAACGCAUCACCACGCCGGAGUCGAGUUGGUGAUGAACGAAGCUCGACAGCAUUAUUGGAUACUUCGAGCGAGACCGACAAUUCGCAGCAUCGUCAAGCGAUGUCAACUGUGCCGACUACGACGCGCAACAGCAUCGAUCCCGCCCACCGGAGACCAUCCGGUCAGCCGACUCGCCCAUCACCAGAGGCCGUUCACAUACACAGGCGUGGACUUCUUCGGGCCUCUUAGUGUCACCGUGGGGCGACAACACCACAAACGCUACGUCGCGUUGUUCACAUGCUUGACAACGCGAGCAGUACAUUUAGAGUUAACCACCUCAUUGUCUACAGACUCCGCAAUAUCCGCACUCAGGCGGAUGAUGGCCCGACGAGGGAAGCCAACCGAGAUCUGGUCCGACAAUGGGACCAACUUCCACGGCGCAGACGCAGAGCUACGUCGCGCCGCUAUAGAAGCAAGUCGCGAAGACGCGGCUAAUCAUCGUAUACGCUGGCGGUUCAUCAGCCCCAGCGCACCAUUCAUGGGCGGAGCGUGGGAACGUCUCGUCCGCUCCGUGAAAACAGCAUUAGCCGCCACACUGCAUGAGCGGCACCCUUCGGAAGAAACAUUAGUCACACUGCUGUGUGAGGCGGAAUAUACCGUGAAUAGCCGUCCGCUCACACAUGUGUCAACUGAACCGGACGACGAGGAAGCCCUCACGCCUAACCACUUUCUACUGGGAGGAUCGGGCAAAGUGCAAACUCCGGGAAGCUUUGAAGACACCGAUAUCGAUAGCCGGAGUCACUGGAAGAGAGCGCAGCGGCUAGCAGACCACUUCUGGAGCCGAUGGCUCCGGGAGUACCUACCGGAACUUCAACACCGGCGGGAGCCCCGCGGCACGGGGCAACCUCUGCGCAUCGGAGACUUAGUCCUGAUCGUCGACUCCAAUCUCCCGCGCAACACAUGGCCGCGCGGGAGAGUAAUAGCAGUGUUUCCCGGCCCAGACGGCGUCAUCCGAGUGGCCGACAUCCAGACCAAGAAUGGCGUGCUGAGGAGGCCAACCAAACGACUCGUGGUCCUGCCAACGGGAGUUGCUGAUAGUGAAGAGCGGGCUCCGGAACCAGACAAGGCUCCUGCAGCGCCCUCGACGACCGCUGCAGCGGCGGGAGAAUAA